UCCCUCAGUUCCACGGUGUGUCCCCCACAGCCUGUUUCGCCGGCCGUCCUGUAUUCCAGUAGGCCGGUAUCUUCAGUGUGGGCACCCAGCUGUGAUGGCUUGCACCUUCACAGCCGGGUACCCACUGCGCAUGCGCGAGUAGCGCUGCGCUUCAUAAAUGGUCCUGUAGUCUUCUGGGACCUGUCACUUGUCCCAAAUGACUACACGCAGGGAGGACACCUUCCAUUUCCGUUCGCCUAGGUGAUCGGACCGGAAGUGGGAGCAGAUACCUGUCAAAUUUGGGUACCCGUUCCCCCCCGCCCCCCAAAGGUGCCAAUCCUUAAUGGGGAGCGGGGGAGCAGUACUUAAAGCGGAACUUCCCUUUUGGGUGGAGCUCCGC